UUUUCCGCGCAUGCGCACAGGCGUGUGAGCUGCCGAGGCUGAUGUAAGAGCGGAGACCGGGUGAAGCGGACGUAGAGCUCGAGACGAUUAUAUUGUGAACCGACUCCCCGGUGGAUAGUACGACCGGGAAACCGACACAGCCCGGAGAGCGCCGCCAUCAUGUCCGGGGACGAGAUGAUUUUCGAUCCGACCAUGACCAGAAAGAAGAAGAAGAAGAAGAAGCCCUUCAUGCUGGAUGAAGAAGGGGGCGAGCAGCAGACCCAGGAGGAGACCCAGGUCCCCGAAACUAAAGAGGUGGAACCAGAACCCGUGGAAGAUAAAGAGUUUGACCUGGAUGAGGAAUCGUAUAAGAAAAAAGAUGCCCCAGAUGAUCUGGACGACUUAAAUUUCUUUAAUCAGAAGAAGAAGAAAAAGAAAACUAAAAAGUUUGACCUGGAGGAAGCGGAGGAAGGUGUGAAGGUAUAUACUGAUAAUCUAAAGAUCGAGGCCGAGGCCCAAGACGCCUCCGAGUCCCAAGAGGACGACCUGGAAUUCAUGUUGACCAAAAAGAAGAAAAAGAAAAAUGUUAAGUUCCCUGAGGAUGAUGACGCCUUUGAGAAGGAUGAAGCCUUUGAAGACGAAGACAGUAAAAAAGAUGAUGGAAUUUCCUUUAGUUCUCUACAUGGACCUGCAUGGGCGGGGACUGAGAGGGACUACACGUACGAUGAGCUUCUAAACAGAGUAUUUAACAUAAUGCGAGAGAAGAAUCCAGACAUGGUCGCCGGAGAAAAACGAAAAUUUGUCAUGAAGCCGCCCCAAGUCGUCAGAGUAGGCACAAAGAAAACUUCCUUUGUGAACUUUACAGAUAUUUGCAAACUAUUACAUCGUCAGCCAAAACAUCUACUGGCUUUCUUAUUAGCUGAAUUGGGUACAAGCGGCUCCAUAGACGGUAACAACCAGCUCGUCAUCAAGGGCCGAUUCCAGCAGAAACAGAUAGAAAACGUUUUGAGGAGAUAUAUUAAGGAAUAUGUGACUUGUCACACCUGUCGGUCGCCAGACACCAUCCUGCAGAAGGACACCAGGUUAUACUUCCUGCAGUGUGAAACCUGCCAUUCUCGCUGUUCUGUGGCGAGCAUCAAAACUGGAUUCCAGGCCGUCACGGGCAAGAGAGCACAGCUCCGCGCCAAAGCCAACUAAGCCAGCCCGCCCCCACCCGGUUGGAUUUUUACAAAUUGCUGUUUAUGGAUCCCGGGGGCUCCGCCUGACAGUCAGCAGGGAGUGGUAACCCUUUAUAUUGUAAGGAAUGAUGUGAGACUGAGCAAGAAAAUAUUGGCUUAAAAUUAUUAUUAUUUUUCAGUUUUUGAGCGAGGAAUUGCUAAAAAAAAAAAAAAAUUCGACAGCGGAGCUGAUCACAUGAGUGGCGUCACUUGCAGGCAAAUGUUUUACCAGCUGUCUCGAAGAAUAAGGGGGAAGAAUGUGCAUUUUUAACCAGACUUCUGUAAAAUGCAAAAAAGUACAUUAAAGUUACUAUAACAUUCACAGAA